AUGUCGACCUCGAGCCAAAACAUCGAUGUCGAUGCCCUCCUCGACUUUUCUGCCUGUGAUGGCAGCUACAACUCCCCGUCAUCACCCUCGACAUCUUCAAAACUCACUUUCGCCAGCCCAGUCACAGCCGCCGUCAGCACACCGAGUCUGUCCUCAACGUCCCAGACACUGAGUGGUCCCAGUCACAAUUAUGACAUGUACCGCCAGCAGACUGGAUUCGUGCCUGGCGCCCUGACAAAUACCAUGGCCGUGAACCAGUCCAACAACACCGGCUACCAGGACCUGAGUAGCCUCGACUAUCUUUCUAGCUUCAGCCCCGAGAACGAUGUCUUCGAUUUCAACGCCUCGCCCUCGCAGGCUACCAUAGACAUGGAGUUUGACUCCCCUGCGGACUCGCAGCUCUUCUCUACCGUCAAUCCCGGCAACAUCGAACAGGAUAGCUCCGCCCUCCCCCAGACAAGCAGCGUCGGUCGUCUAUGGCCUGGCGCCCACUCCCAAGCCGCUCUCGCCAAGGCCCAAGCUCAACAACGACAGCAGCAGCAACAGCAGCAACAGCAGCAACAGCUCAUCCAGCAGAAUCAGCGCCCGGGCCCUGCAAAGCCUCGCGGCAAGGCUUCUCAGCCCACUGAUCCUAUCGUUGAGCAGAAGAUUACCCAGCUCCUUAACUCGAUGCGGGCCAAGCCUGCGUCAGAUGAGCUCGAGUCUCAGUCCAUUACCAACAACCUGCCCAGGGCCAAGAAGGAUGAGGAGGAAAUGGACGAGGACGAGCGUCUGCUUGCUAGUGAGGAAGGCAAGAAGCUCAGCAGCAAGGAGCGACGACAACUUAGAAACAAGGUGUCCGCUCGUGCUUUCCGAUCCCGCAGAAAAGAAUACAUCUCCCAGCUUGAAGCCGAGAUCGCAAACAAGGUCAACGAGAACGGUGACCUGAGGUCCCAGAACCGUGCUCUCAUGGACGAGAAUAAGCGGCUGACUGAUCUGACUCGCAUGCUUCUUUCAUCGCCGUCAUUUUCUACUUUUCUUGACAACCUCAGCGCCAACCCUACCUGUGUCCCCCAGGGCACUCCCGUCAAAAUCGAACAGGCGCCGCAGCAGGAACAGAAUCAAAUCCCCAAGGACGUCAACGCCUACAACAGCCAGUUCUCCUCGCCGCAGCAAAUCGGAAUGGCCAUGAUCCCUGAGCAGACGAUGGACUUUUCUCUUCUUAGCCUUGGCCACACCUACAACUUCCAACCUCAGGUCUUCGUUGUUGACACCCCUGAAGUACCCAAUGCCAUUGACGCUUCCGUUCUCUCUGGAAAGAUGUCCAACUUUGUAGAAGAGUCAUUCAGCUCUGAUGAUGAAAAGCUCGAGGUACCCGUCAUUGACCGGCCGGUUGAGACUAAAGCUCUGGCUACACCUGGGUCUCCUAUGGACGAUGAGUUUGAGUCCGACCCUGAGUUCGCCCUGUUCCAUACGGAAGCCGAUACUACUACCCCAACACCGAGAGAUAUUGACACUGAGAACCUGACUGGUGUCGACCUCUUCGGCGGUAUCGUGUCUGAGAAGCUGCUUUCCCGCUACGAACUUGUUGAUGCUACAGAGGAAGAGACUACGGCCGCUUUUGCCAUGGCUCGUGUCCAACGAUUAAGUGCCAACACUGACGCGGUUGUGUCAAGGUUAGAACUCUUGACCAUUGGCUUGUAA